AUGGUUUACACAUACGGAAAGGAGCAGUCCUCCUACUGUCGCGCCUAUGAGAACACCCCGAUCCACGCCGAAGCUAAGGAUCCCAGUCGAUUCAUGACCAAGGCCCAAGCACGCAUCCUCUCAAAAAACUUUGCAUACUUCCUCCGACACAACUAUGCCAUCGGUGCCUCUGGCCCCGGAAAGGACGUCGUCGUGACCGUCUCCACUGGUCAGCAUGCCCUCGCCUGCUUGUUUUACGGUGUCAUUGCAGCCGAUGGCGUCUAUUCGGCCGCCUCCCCCUCGAGCAUGGUCAAGGACCUUGAGAGGCAGAUCAAGGACGGCCCCGGCAAGGUUCUUGUCUGCAGUCCUGACCUGAAGAAACUGGCUCUUGCCGCCGCUGAGGGCGCUGGCCUCCCCAAAAGAAACGUCCUCGUUCUGCAGAGUAGCCCCGAGAUUAAGCUUGAGUCGGCUGAUGGGCAGGUAGCUUGUGACUUCAAGGGCAGUCUGUCUUGGAGAAGGAUAUCCGACCCCGUCGAACUUGAAAAAAGUAAAAUAUGCAUCCUUUACUCUUCCGGAACAACCGGUCUCCCCAAAGGUGUGCUUAUUUCACAUCUGAACAUGGUUGCCGAAGCAUUCCUCCCAGGCGAACUUAGCAGGCCAUCCUUUGACGAACAGGGACGCCAGGGUGACCCCUUUGACCGCCGAACCCUCGGCCACCUACCAACCGCCCACAUUGCCGGUGUCCAGGGCUACUUUGUGAAUCCUUUCUACGAGGGUGGGAUCGUCUACUGGAUGCCCUCCUUCAACUUCGAGGAUUUCCUGCGCUACAGCAAUGACCUCAAGAUCAACGGCUUCUUCACGGUGCCUCCCAUCUACAUGGCCAUCGCCAAGCACCCAGCCGUCAAGGACCAGUUCCGCUACGUGAAACUCGCAAUCAGUGGUGCCGCGCCCCUUACAGGUGACCUACAGGAGGCCGCCAGGCGGAAGAUGUCCAUGCCGAAUCCCAUCACGCAGACGUGGGGGCUAAGCGAGACCACCGGCUCCGUUACUUAUACCCCUCCCGAUCGAAAGGUCAUCCCAGGCAGCCUCGGGCCACUUCUCCCCAAUGUUUCUCUCAGACUGGUGGAUGAUGACGGCAAUGAUGUAGCCCCUGGUGAGCCAGGUGAAGCACUCAUCAAGGGGCCCGUCGUCAGUCAGGGCUACCACAACAAUCCAGAAGCAAACAAGAGUGGUUAUGCUCCUGAUGGGUGGCUCAAAACGGGCGACAUCCUUCGGCUCAAGGACGAUGAGCUCUACGUCGUCGACAGGAAAAAGGAACUCAUCAAAUACAAGGGCCUCCAAGUCGCCCCUGCAGAACUAGAAGGUCUCAUCGCCUCCCACCCGGCCGUCCUCGACGCUGCCGUGAUCGGCAUUGCGCAAAACGGCACCGAGGUACCCCGUGCCUACGUGGUGCUCGCCCCGCCUGCCAAAGGCAAGGUGACUGAGGAGGCACUCGUCGAAUACGUCCGAUCAAAGGUUUCUGACUACAAGCGCCUGAGGGGCGGGCUUCGCUUCGUAGACGCCGUUCCGAGGAGCCCCUCUGGUAAGAUCCUCAGAAAGGAUGUCAGAGAGAUGAGGAAGCUUGAGGAGCGUGACGCAAAGUUAUAG